AGUCAAAGACUUUAUUAUAAGUCAAAAGUCAUCGUUUGUGUGAUUUGUCAUAAAUGGAAUCUUCAUCCCCAGUGGUUCCGCAAUUGGCGCCUACAGUCACCGGUUCCACAUCUGAUUUGACCACAACAAGUAUGGGUCCGAGUCCUGGUCAACAGCAACUAACCGAAACUGCGACCAACUCUGCAGUCAUCGAAAUCAAUACAAGUAUCGGUGCUGUCAAUGAUCCCUACAAUAGUCUCAAUUGCGAAACAACAAACACAAUGAAUAUAUUUAAUCAAAAUCAGACUCAACUAUUAAAUUCAUUGAUUGCGGACAACAAUUAUAAACCCCAAAGUGAAACAAAUACAUUCAUUGAUAGGCCGCCCACUGAACUCACGUUUUCCGAUCUGACACCUCCUGUACCAAACGUAUCGUCUCUGGAAUCUAAUCUACAAGUUUUAGGAUCAGUUGCCGGCGAUCCAUCUCAACCUACAUUUGAUGGUGUGUCAGGUGCUGUACCGGCUGAGCAAACUGUGCAACAGAUGACAUCGAUAAACACUGAAUCGCCACAAAUUGAGAUACCUAUUACUGAGACGAUUAUACCAUCGAUUGCUCCAAACAAUGAUAUCCAACAAUCAUCAGCAGCACAGCACCAACUAAUGGAUUCAGUUAAUGAUAGUCAAUAUUCAAAUAUAUUUCAGCCGGUAAUCAAUGGUCCGUCUGGAUCUGCACCACAAACACCGGCCGCUUCUCCUAUAGAAGUGAAUGAACCGCAACAGUCAGUGAUCAAUACGUCCAAUAGUGCUGUUAAUCAGAUGACCAAUCUUUCUUCAUUUGGUUCAAACAGCACUAAUACUACUAAUAAUUUUGUCAAUACAACUGUUUCUACUGAUCUAUUUAAUGUGCCCAUGAAUUCAAUGGUUCCAGUUUUGAACAACAACAACAACAACACUGUAGUGUCUCAAAGGCCCACCGAUGGUCCGCUACCAGCAUUAGGUUUAGAACGGGCACUACAAGAGCAACUUCUUGACGCCAUUCCACCUCCAAGUGUUAACUUUCCUCCCGGUCCAGUGCCAAUGGAUGAAAAAGGCAUACCAUCAGCUCUACCAGGAGAAUUCCCUCUAAGUCUGCUUCCCGUUGAAGAAGAUAAAACUGGUGGCAUUGGAUUAGUAUCCGUAUCGUUGGACAAGAUUGAGGCCACCAUUAAUAUGAACAGCAAGUCAUCGGCUACCGUGACAAACGCUGUUGCAUUGUCUCAAUCACAGGUCAACAUCAUUCACUCAUUACAACAUCCCAUACCAGCCCAACAACAGUCCAUUGCUAUCACUGCGACCACUAAUUGCUUAGAUAAUAGACCACAACAACAACAGGGGUUUAAUCUUAAUUAUACCAAUCAACUUACUGUUGCUACCACUCCAUUAGUGGAUCAGACGGUAUAUUCUUCGACCACUAUUGACGUUCAACCAUCAUCGACAUCAAUACAGACAUCUCAAGACCAACAACAACCGAUAGUCACACCUCAUUCACAAUCAAUGCCACAAAAUAUUGAAGCAUUACAACCACUUCAGCCUCAACAACACCAACAACAACAACCAUCCCAACAGAUUCUUACACCUGAAUCCACAGUACAACAAGCAGUUGUGAGCACUUCUUUGGGUAACGUUCCUGAAGUUCAGUUACCUCCAGCACCUGCACCACCAUCAGCUACAUCAAUAACGGUAUUUGAGUCGUCGCCCAACGAUUUAAUGCCCGAAAUGGUAUCUCAAAAUCAAUUAUCAAAUGGUUUGCCACCACCACCACCACUACAACCCGUUCAAAAUAUCAAUCAAACUGUUCUCACACCGAUGACAGAGAUGAACACAUUAACUAAUUUGGUGCCCGUUGUAGAGCCCACCGAUCCAUCCAUACAUCUACAACAACAACGACAUCAACAACAAUCUUGUAGUCAACCGCUAUCUAUAGUCAUUAAAAGCGAACCACAAUCUUAUAACGAGCAACAAGUUGUUGUCAACAACACCACAAUCAGCAACAAUAACAACAACAAUAAUAACAAUAAUAAUACUUCUGAACAAUUGCUCGGUAUUAGUAAAGUUAAUGAUAACAAUAACAAUCCGAUUCUUAACAAUCGCGAAAGCAAACCAUUAAAUAUGUUGAACAAUGCCCGGACACAGGCGAUGGCCAACAGUCAAGUGAGAAGUUUCCCACUAUGUGUCAUAUCAGCUACACCGACAACAUUUUCUGCGUCCAAAAGUAACACAUCUUUCGGUGCUCAUAAUCUACCACUGCCUCCCAAAAAGGCAAAGUUGACUGUGUCUGGUGUGCCUCAAGCUGUUGUGUCGCUCUCGUCGAAAGCGCCUCAGAUGUCGGCCGUCCCGUCCACUGCUAUGAUAUAUGAUCUGCCACUCCAUCAGACACAACAUCCUUUUACAACUGCGACCACUUUUAGAGUACAACCAGAACUGACACAGACCUCAAAAUUACAGCACAAUAUGACGCCAACAUUUACUACUGUGGCUCCAAUUUUAUUGUCAGGUCUGACACUUGAUGGACCUCUAUCUCUGGUCAAAAGUGAAGACAAGAUGCGUCAGUUAGCGGCCACCACUUCAAUAGCCAAUCAUCCCGACUAUCCGGCCAUCUCUGGUCUUUUGUCAUUUAUUAAUCCAAUACAUAGACAAACCAAUUCAUCGGUGACCACAUGUAUUGAAACUCCUCUAUCACUUAAUGUUAAGUCCAAUUUAACUUCGGCGCCUAUAGUGGCCAAUUCAUUAAUUCACAGCCAUUCAGUGGCUCACACGUCACACGUGCCUUCAUUGACUCGUCCAUCACAACAUCACAAUCAAAGCAUAACAUCUGCCACAAUAGUGUCCACAUCUCCAACUGCCGUACCCGUGUCGGUAGUGACCAGUGUUGCCGACCAGACCAGAGGGGCUCUUCAACAGAGAAUUAAAUCUAUUGGUCAAUCAAAUAACAAAAAUAGAGUUAAUUUAGAGAACACAAGCGGAUCCUCAGGAAUGAAGCUUCAAUUGGCACCAUUACUAUCUGGAGAUCCGGCCAAACCAUUUCAAUGUUCAUUGUGUGGCAAACAUUUGGCCUCAAAGAAUGUCUAUCAAUUACAUCUGCGCUCUCAUUCCGGCGAAAAGCCAUUUACUUGUAAUUUAUGCGGUCAUUCGUUCUCACAAAAGACAUCACUCACUAGACAUAUGAGGUCACACACUGGUGAACGUCCUUUUCCCUGUCAGAUUUGUGGAAAAAGGUUUGCCGAUAAAGAAAGGAUUAAAAUUCAUAUGCGGACGCAUACCGGCGAAAAACCAUUUUCGUGUGAAGUUUGCGGUAAACAGUUUUCACAGAAGUCGACAGUUAAACGCCAUAUGUCUGUUCAUACGGGAGAGAAACCCUACAAAUGUGAGGCCUGUGGUAAAGGGUUUGCCAAUCGGGGGAAUCUGACGGCACACACAAAGACACAUUCAAAUUCUUAACAAUCACUUUGAAGUGAUCUCUAUAUUUGAUGUGAUGUUUAUAUUAUUGAUUUGUCUUAUCAUUUGUUUAAUUAAUGUGAAGGUUUGAGUUUUGUUUGUUAUAAUUAAAAGUGACCUCAAAAUUUUUUUAUUAUUAUUAUUAAGUUAACAAUGAUUAUAUAUACCGGUAUUAAUUACGAUAGUUUUUUUUGGAAAUUUAAUUAUUAUUUUUUAUAA